AUGCCUCAGAACGAGUAUAUUGAGCAGCAUAUUAAGCAGCACGGAAGACGGCUGGAUUAUGAAGAGCGCAAAAGAAAGAGAGAAGCAAGAGAGCUUCACAAGGUUGCCGAAAAUGCCCAGACCUUGAAGGGAUGGAAAGGAAAGCAAUUCGCCAAGAAGCGUUACUCUGAGAAAGUGGCCAUGCGUAAGAAGAUCAAGGCCCACGAGGAGAGCAAAGUUAAGGGUCCAAAGAAACCAAAGGAGGACGAUGGAGAAGCAUUACCUACAUAUUUGUUAGACAGACAGCAACAGACCACAGCAAAGGCCAUUACUUCCUCGCUUAAACAGAAGAGAAUGGAGAAAGCAGACAAGUUUUCUGUUCCAUUACCGAAAGUGCGCGGUAUCAGUGAAGAAGAGAUGUUCAAGGUGGUGAAGACAGGAAAGUCCAAGUCAAAAUCGUGGAAGAGAAUGAUCACCAAGCACACAUUUGUUGGUGAAGGAUUUACUAGAAGACCAGUGAAACUGGAGAGAAUCAUUCGCCCAUCCGCAUUGAGGCAGAAAAAGGCCAAUGUGACGCAUCCAGAGCUGAAGGUGACGGUCUUGCUGCCUAUCCUGUCCGUCAAGAAGAAUCCUCAGUCGCCGAUGUACACCACCCUCGGUGUGCUCACCAAGGGAACCAUCAUCGAAGUCAACGUGUCUGAAAUGGGAAUGGUGACCGCUGGAGGUAAGGUCGUCUGGGGUAAGUACGCUCAAAUCACCAACGAACCAGACAGAGACGGAGUCGUGAACGCAGUGCUACUAGUUUAA